CAACAGGAUGUGAGUUGAGCUGUUUUGGGGUGAGGCGGUGCGUUUGUGGGUGCCACAACUUUCUGCGUGUUUGCGCAGUUUCGCAGCUCUCCACACGCUCCGGACGAAGCUAAUCGGCGGCCCGGGGUCCGCGGAGCUCCGCAGCAGCAGCGUGGAAAUCUGAGGAAGUACCAGCGGAGGCCGCUGCACGGCGGAGUUGUCUCUCUUUCGCCGUCUCAUGUGUGGUUUUUACUCGUUGACGCGAGGGGGGGAAAGUUGUGGACAUGUUUUCCUGGAAGUGCACGGUUUUACGGAUACAGUGUGCAACAUUGUAACUACGGCGUUUAAUGAGCCUCCUCCAGCCUGCCCGGACUUUGGAGUGCGUCUUCGUGCGGUUGUUAAGUCGCCAUAUUGUGAAACUCGAGAGGAAAGUUGUCAGAGUUAUGACAUUUGCUGCGCACAAUCCCUUCAUGGAGCUGCAUGCAGUCGACUUUGAUCGAAACCAAAGUGACUCCAUGGAGCUGGCCAUGGGGAGCUCAGUGCACCAUUGAUAAGGUCUUGCGCCCUGAAGAGGAUGAGAAGAAUGGGCAGCGGACCACGGAUUUGAUUCUUGAAGGAGGACUGCAUGCUCCCCGCCCUGCACUUUCCUCUGGGAUUUAUAUUUCCUCCCAGACACCUCUGUAUACACAGCUCAAGAAUUCUUAGCAGUGGAAACACACUACGGAGGCACUAACUCGGUUUUUGCAGAGACCAAGCACCGACUUGAGCAUUUUCACACCUUAUAAUAUUACUAUGAGUCUUCCUUCUCAAGUUAAUACUGGCAAGGGAGGUAAGCAUCGGGCGUCAGCCAUGAAAGAGGCGGUGCAGCAUUCAGGGGAGGUUUAUUAUGGAAUGGGACCUCCGGCUUUAGAGGCAAGCCACAGUGACUCUGCCAGCGGCUCUGGUGUUUAUAACCCAGAGAAAGGGCCCCAAAGUCUGCCGCACUAUCAACAGGCUGCUCCAGUUAAGUGGAUGCAGCAGGACUCCAUACAGGCCCCCGGGUGGACUCAGGAAGCUCCUGUAGCAGCGUGGGGGCAGAAUUUUGGCCCUUACAUGGGCGGAGUGAACGUCAGGGGUCAGAUGUUCCACAAAGGAGUCCAUGAAGGUGUCGCUCUGCCGAUGGGGGUAGAAAACCAGCUGCCCGCGCCCGUGGACGUUUACAGGGAUUCCACCCAGCCCCAAGCUCAGGGGAGAGGGCUCGAGUGGGAACAGCACGCCGCCGCCGCUGCAAUGCACCAGGCCCAGCUGCAGGCCUAUCAGCACGGCCACAAGGGCGAGCUCCAGGGUCAGCCGCACGUGCCGCCCCACAACAUGCAGGGGCCCAUGCUGCAGCCGUUCCAGGCGACGUUUAGACCCAACAAGCAGCCGUUCGCCGCCGGGCCGUACUACUCCGUCUUUCCGGGGAACAAGGCGAUGCCAAACCUGGCCUACCCCGAGCAGCCUAAAACUCAGCAGCAACUCAUGCAUCAGAUGCAGCAGCAACAAAUGCAUCAUCAUCACCAGCAGCACCAGCAACAGCAGUUGCAUCAUCAGCAACACAUUCAGUUGCAGCAGCAACAGCAGCAGCAGCAGCAGCAACAACAACAGUUGCAGCAGCAACAGAAAAUCCAGCAGCAUCAAAUGCAGCAGCAGCAGCAGCAAAUGCAGCAGCAAAUGCAGCAGCAGUAUCACCAGCAACAAAUUCAGGAGCGACAGCAACAACUUCAGCAAAUCCAACAGCAGUUGCAUCAACAGAAUGUGCCACAGCAAGAAGCAACACCACCCCCAGUGCAACCAAAGCAACAACAGCAGCAGCAACAACAACAACAGCAGCAGCAGCAACAACAACAGCAGCAGCAACAACUGCAGACCCAAAACUUUGUAGCUUUUCAGCCUCCUGAUCCAUGUCCACCUGACACCGGGUCGGAAAAAGAUGUAAAGCCAGCAGAGCCGCCGCAGGAACCAGAGGCUCAAACCGUUGCUGCUGCCUCAGCCGCACCCGAUCCAUGUCCUGAAAAGAUCCCCGCGAAUCCCGCAGAGGCUCCCGAGGCUCCCUCAGCUCCCUCUCGUCGCUCCCGUCGCCUUUCCAAAGACGGACAGUCCCCUCUGGGGCCCCCUUCGUCAAACCCCUGGCCUCAAGCCUCUAAAGACCCUCCGCCAUCCCUGAACGGAGUAGCAGGUGUGCCGCCUGCGAGAGGAGGGGAGAGCCAGGUGACGACAGGCGGCGUAAUCCAGAUCACCCGCAGGAGAAGGAGGGCGUCCAAGGAGAUCAACCUGGAGACGCUCGCCCAAAAGGCGUCGGAAAUGGAGUCCCUGCCAGCUAAAACAGCUAAGCAGGAAGACGGAGCCUCAGGGAAGCAAGCCUCCAUGGUGCCCCUGGUCAUCCCCGUGUCUGUGCCGGUGCACAGGGGUCAGCCGGAUCCUCAGGGCGUCUGGGCUCACGGGCGUCCCGGUCAAGGGGAGCGGCCGGCUGAUCGCAAGCCUUCCGUGAUCGUGGCUCGCCGGCGGUCACUCAGAUCGGUCAGUUUUGGCCAGGAUGGGGACAGCGACGCGGGGCUGGACGAGGACGGCAAAGCUAAGUGCAAGCGGCGGCCUCGCCCCGAACCCCUCAUCAUCCCGCCUCCCAAACCCUCCACCUUCAUCCCUCCGUCCGUCUACCCCAGCAUCACUUCCUACCAAAGUAACCUGCGCUCGCCGGUGCGCCUGGACAACCCGCUCACCCUGCCGCCGUACACGCCCCCACCCAUCCUGUCUCCGGUGCGGGAGGGCUCCGGCCUCUACUUCUCCACCUUCCUCACCAACAUAGCCGUGAGCAACCAAAUCCUGCCACCGCCGCCUACUCCCAAGUCUGCAGCGCGCAGCCUGUUGCGCUCCACGAGUUCUGAUAUCGAACCCCCUGUCUUGCCUUUGAUCGCCGAUGCCACACCUGUCAGCUUUGAACCGCGCAUCAACAUCGGGCUACAGUACCAGGCGGAAAUUCCUGAUAUGGAAGAAAAACCUUCCGCCCAGUCCGACCAGCACAAAGCUGACCUGGUUUGGGUUCCCCUGGAUGAGUGCAGCCACACACAUGUAGAGGAUUUGAUGAAUGCAGCUUGUUCCAGUGUGUUCAGGGGAGGAGGAACCAAUCAGGAGCUGGUGUUACACUGUUUACAUGAAAGCGGGGGCAAUUUCCUUGAAACACUGGAACGCUUGAUGCUUCAGGACCCAAUUUUCCCCAAAGGCCAUCACCUGGCAGGCUAUCACUACUCAGGCUCCGACAGCUGGACUGCAGAGGAGAAGCGCUACUUCAACAAGGGGAUCUCUGCCUACAGGAAGGAUUUCUUUCUGGUGCAGAAACUGGUGCGGACUAAGACAGUGGCUCAGUGUGUAGAGUUCUACUACACGUACAAGAAGCAGGUGAAGAUCGGUCGCAACGGCAUUUUGACCUUCGGCCCUCCGGAUUCACCCGUGGAGAAGCACGCGGAGGCCGUGGUGGACGUUAAGAGCUCACAGCAGCAGUCUAAAGUGACUCAGGGAGAGGACGAAGGAGAUGACAAGAAGGAUCCUUACGACCACGAGAGCAGCCACCAGGCACGGGUCGCCCAGUCCCUACAGGCCCAUGACUAUGCAGGAACGGUGUUGGUGAUCAAAGAGCCGGACACCGCGAAUAAAGAGGUUCGUCACGCCUCAGUGCAGCCCCGGCCCCGGGCCGAGCCCGCGCCGAAGAAGAGCAAAGCCCCGGCGAAGCCCCCGCAGGAUCCUGAUGCAGUGUUUCCAUGCAAGAAAUGUAACAGGGUGUUUUAUAAAGUGAAGAGUCGCAGCGCCCACAUGAAGAGUCACGCCGAGCAGGAGAAGAAAGCCGCCGCGUUGCGUCAGAAAGAGGAGGAGGAGCAGGCAGCGGCUCAAGCUCGAGCCAGGAAGUUGGCGGCGGCGGCGGCGGCGGCAGCAGCUCAUCAGGGAGGAAAUGGCAAUGGAGUGACAGAUCAGGCGGAGGUCAGCAGCCAGGAAGACUCAUCCGAAGGAGAAGAUGACGACGACGAAGACUGGCAGUGAGAGACAAGAAAACAAAGAGAAAAAUGAACAUGGGAUUGGUAAACAAAGAGCGGAGGCGGUGAGUGGAUCAGGGAGGGAUUAAGAAAAUAUGUAAUAAUGCUCCACGCGGAGCAGAAUAAGCACAAGAGAAUCAAGUCUUCCUCUUAAUCUUCACACUCCUCCCCUGAGUGAAACUGUUUGACCCGUUACUCAGCUUUACACCGUCAGCCAGGCAGUCACACUCCACAUUUUCACGUUUGUAUCUUUUAAAUAUUCAGAGUAACUUUAUUUUUUUGUAAAUGCACUUAAUACUGUGCUCUUCUGCUUUUGCCAAUAAUGCCUUUUUUUUUAUAUUCUUUAUUUAAUUGAAUAUAUAUCAAAACCUUAUACGUCUCCAUCACGUGGACUUAGUGGCUUUUUGAUAUUUCACAAGGUAAUCAGGAUAUCUCGCUUGUUACCAAUUAAACAAGAUCAGAACAAUCUUUACUUCAUAGUUGCAGGCCUUUUAACUAAAGGCAAAAGUGCUUGGGUUUAAAAUCUUUGUCUUAGAAAAAUACUGUGCUGAAUUUUGCAGAUUUCCAUCAGAAUUUUAGGUUGGUUGUACACUUAUUUUUUUUACAACUAAGGGACCUUUGCAAUGAGUAUGUACAAAAAAAAAGUAUAUAUGAGAUUGCCAUAUAUUUAUGAUACUGCAUUUUGCAAUGAUUUUUGGUAAUGAAAAAAAUAAUAAUCAUGUUGGCUGAAAUAUGGCUGGUGAGUUGAGAAAUGUAUUAAAAAGUCUACUGUUUUCUGA